GCGUAAUCGGACCACUGCCACGCCCAUAAAUCGCCAUUAACCUAAAACCUACAAAGUGCUAUAACUAAGCACUUAAUUAAGAUAUAAAACUAUAAUUUUGAACAGGGUAUCACAGUAACAAAGGGCUUCUGUGGAUAACAGUUUUUGGAAAAAGUGGGCAUGGCCCCGCCCCCUAAUAUGUUUAAUGUGCAUAUCUCUUAUAAGCAGGUAAUGGUUAACAAAAAUUAACCUCGAAGCUAACCUUGUUGCGUUCACAUAUAGCAAAGAUAACCCAAUUAAAUGAGAGAAAUUGACAGCUGUAUCCAUUUGGGUUUUUUUUUUGUUUACAUAUUUUCUUCUUGUAAAAAAUAAGUUAAUAAAUGAGUGAUGGAUACAAAAUUGAAAAAAUGUUUACUUUUGUUUGCUACAAACCAAGAAGAAAGCAAUAAAUAUCUAACUGCAUGAAAUUCCUGUAGCCGAGAAUAUAAAGUUGCUAUCCAACAAAGUGAGCAUGAAUUACGGAUACGAAAAGCUCGAGUAAUAUCGAUUUAUUAUGAAAUAUUAAUGUUGACAACAGUACCUCUUUGUAAGGAAAUCAACCCAAGAAGUAUUUGGGCAUACAAGCGACAUGGGAACUUCUGGGAAAAGAAUGCUCCAUCAAUGAACGACCGCGUUUUUAAGGAAACCUUUCGCAUGAGCAGGGCAACCUUUGAAAUAUUGUGUGAAUAUGUCAAAGGUAUUACCAAACAGGAUUCAUGCUAUAGGAAGUGCAUCCCAUUGCAGAAAAGGGUAGCUGUUGCCGUCUACACAUUAAAAUCUUCGGCGGAGUAUGAAACUGUUGCACGACUAUUCGGUGUUUCGAAGGCAAUCGUCAGCGAAAUAUUUCUUGCUUUUUGCCAAGAAGUGUGGCAAUCAUUGCAUCCCAUUUAUUUAACAGAACAAUUAAGGAACAGUGAAAAAGUGGAUGAGUGUGUUCAUGGGUUUGAGAAGCUUGGCUUUCGGCAAUGUCUUGGUGCCAUAGACGGUUGCCACAUUAAAGUUCGGCCACCUGGGAAGGAUUGCACGGACUAUUACAAUAAUAAGGGGUGGUACUCCACAGUUUUAUUUGCCCUUGUAGAUUAUAGAUAUCGCUUUCUCUACAUUAAUGUUGGCUGCCUAGGUCGAUGCAAUGACUCGAAAAAUUUUCAAUGUAGCAAACUAAAUACUGCAUUGAAGGACCCAAUCUUCACUGCAAAAAGCAAAACUAUUAAUGGCGUGAAUGUUCUUGCGGGAGUUAUGGGUGAUUCGGCUUUCCGAUUUGCCAACAAUCUAAUGAAGCCCUAUCUAUUCCAAGUACAUCUUCCAGAGCAUGAAAAAAUUUUUAAUUACCAAUUGUCCAAAUGCCGAAGAGUGGUGGAAAAUCCGUUUGGACACCUAAAGGCUCGUUUUAGGAGAAUAGGGAAAGGAGUCGACAACCACAUCAAAAAUGUUCCUCUUAUAAUUAAAGCAGCCUGUACAUUGCAUAACUUUUUAAAUUGUCAUAAUAAUGUCAUCAACCACAAAUGGAUAGAAGAACAAACCACUUACGAAAGUAGUGUACGCCUGGAACAGCCCGAGCACACAGAUGCUGUAGGAGAUUUUGAAGCAGAACCUGAAACAAUUAGAAGAGCGAUUGCGAAUUCAUUUUGCAAGUUUGUUCUACAUUUACUCCGGAGUCGUCGAAAGUCCUGCAAGCUCAUCGCUUGAAAUGAAUUGGGAUUGGCUGCUCGUCGAAGGGUAGAUAGCAGCGCAACCAAUGUUGUCUUCUGGUUCCACAUCUUCAAUUAAAAUAAAAUAAUAAAUAAAAGAGCAAACAAAAGUUUCAUUUUUAUAUUACCCAUACUCUCUUGCAUGAGUUCUUUGAAAUUUACUGCUUUACUACCACUGAGUAUUUCUUCCACCUCCUUGUAGUGGAUCCAAGAGGAAGGCGAACCACCAGUCAUACCCACCGCAUUCUUUUCUAAUCUGUAAAAUAAAAUACAUAUUAUAAUGCUGUGAGUAUGCAGCAAAAUAUACUUUUUUAAUUUUAAAUGUACUUACUUGUAUCGAUUGGUAAAAUUAUGCACUUUUUCCUUUAUUUCAGCAGCAAUGUAGUUCAUCUGAUUUUUUGAACAUUUCUUUUCCAAACGCGCAAAGAUAUGAAAAUUUUUUUUUUGCGCUUCGUAAUUCUUCUAUACUAUCUGCCCAGUGCAAUAGCAGCAAUUUCUCUGCAUCUACUGUCCAUCUAACACGGUUUUUCCUUUUCCUAAUUACAAUUUAAUAAAAUUAUUAUAUAUAAGUAUAUUUGUAUGCAUAAAAAAUAAAAAUAUAUAAAUUCAAAUUUA